UCCAUUAACAACACAAUAGCCAAAGAGGGGUUAAUAAGAGAUGAAAAGAAGGCGAUGGCAUACCUGGCCGAUGUGAACGCGCAAUACCUUAUCUGGAAUAACAAGAUGGGCAUGGUCAAUUGGGCUCACGAUUCAGAUAUCAAUGAAAAGAAUUUGGAGGCCAAAGUCAAAAUGAUCAAAGAAUUCAAUGCAUGGAAUAAGGAACUGGCGAUUGGGCUUAAAAAUACGGGCAAAGUGUGUGUUAAUGGCAAAUGUGCGCUUGAAUUGGAGCCAGAUUUGACGAAAAUAAUGAGUGAAUCUAAGAAUUACGACCAACUGAAGGAGGCGUGGGUUAACUGGAGGGACGCCUCCGGAAAGAAAAUGAGAACAGAUUUCAUAUCUUAUUAUAAUUUAGGCAAUAAAGCGGCCAAACUUAAUGAACUGCCAAAUAUGAAGUUUGAAACAUUUGACGACUUGUGGCUCUUUCCGUGGGAAACGCCGGACAUUAAGAAUCAAACGGAGAAUCUAUUGCUAGAAAUGAUGCCUUUCUAUGAGAAACUUCACGCAUAUGUUAGGAAACAUUUGAGGAAAGCAUAUCCCGGCAAAAUGCCUAAAGAUAACACAAUACCCGCGCACAUUUUGGGCAAUAUGUGGGCUCAACAGUGGAGUGAUAUUAUGAAAACGGUGCCGGGUGUUGAUCCAUAUCCCGACGUACAGACCAUUGACGUGACAAAGGAAUUAAUUAAACAAAAUUAUACGGCAAAACGAAUGUAUGAAUUGUCGGACAAAUUCUUUAGUGAAUUGGGACUCAUGAAAGUGACCGACACUUUCUGGCAGAAGUCUAUCAUAGAGAAAGCCAAAGGCAAAGUAAUGGUCUGUCAUGCUUCUGCCUGGGAUUUCUACGCCAAAACUGGUGAUGAUUUUAGGAUAAAAAUGUGUACCGAGAUCAAUAUGGUUGACUUGAUUACAAUCCACCACGAGAUGGGACACAUCCAGUAUUAUAUGCAAUACAGAGACCAACCAAAUGUGUAUCGCGAGGGCGCUAAUCCAGGUUUUCACGAAGCAAUUGGAGAUCUGUUGGCACUGUCGGUGUCGACACCAAAACAUUUGCAGAAAAUAAAACUCUUAACAAUCGACGAUUCGGUGGAUUUGAAAAAAAUAACGAUUAAAUACCAGUUGAAGGUGGCGUUGGAGAAGCUAACAAUACUACCCUGGGCAUUUCUAAUGGAUAAGUAUCGGUGGGACGUGUUCACCGGUAAGACAGCACCCGCUCAUCUGAACAAACACUGGUGGGAACUUAGGGGCAAAUAUCAGGGCCUAUCACCACCUGUCAAACGAAGCGAAAGCGACUUUGAUCCAGGUGCUAAAUAUCAUACGGCAGCCGGUAUUGAAUACAUCAGGUAUUUCGUGGCAGACGUACUACAGUUCCAGUUCCACAAAGCGUUGUGUAGUUUCAGCCAAAAGGAUGUCCCCCUCCACGAGUGCGACAUCGAUGGCGACAAAGAGGCCGGAAAUCUAUUAAAGAGUGUCCUAAGAAUUGGUUCGUCCGAGUUAUGGCCAAAACAGUUGAAACAAUUCACGGGAACCGAGAAAAUGGAUGUCCAGCCGAUGAUCGAGUAUUUCAAACCAUUGAUUGAAUUUUUGGAUAAAAAUUUGGAGGACGAGGAGCCGGGCUGGGAGUUCAAUGGUAGGCGUGUCUCACAUUAUUGA